AUGGUGGCGACUUGGGAUNACUAUUUAGCUUAUCGACGAAUGGAAGACCGAAACAUCUUGGAAUCCAAUUCUCAACACCCGAGUGACUCUCAUCCAAAUGAAGAAGAACAAUCUGAAGAAACAGAGACCCAACCAAAUGGGCAAGACUCAACGAAUCCAGCGGAUGCGAUGACCCUCGACCAUUUGCUUNGAACUCNAGGUCGUGCAAGCCUGAAGAAGCUUGAUCCGAGAAGAAUGAAUGGUGAUGGAUGGUUUGCAUACACAAAGGGGAUCACGAAGACGGUGAAAAAAAAUGUGGAGAGCGAUUUCAAAGAACCNGCUCCUAAUUGGUCAACCCUCUCAAAUGAUACCAAGUUACGUUGGUUCAAAGCUUUUGCGCAAAAGUAUAAUUGGCGGUAUGAGAUAACUACACUCGUUCGCCAUGAGUUUGAGUCUUUGUGUGCGUCGCGUUUGUUGGGAUAUGUCCAUGAAUGGAAAAACGCAUGGAAGCAAGGUAAGGACGAGAAAGAUAAGGGGAAGCCUCAAUGGAUGCGAAACUCUGUUUGGCUUGGGCUUAUUGCUUUCUGGGAAAACGAGAAAAGCGUGAAGAGAAGCGAAACCAACUCCAAAAAUAAGAACAGUGAUCGUGGUGGCUUAGGGAUAGCUAAGCACACAUGUGGGUCAAUGCCAUAUCUCCGGAAAAGAGAAGAGAUGCGUGAUGAGGAGACGGGAGAGCUUCCGGAUAUGUCUAAGAGAAAGUCUGAUGCGGUGUUUGUGUGCAAAAAAGCUGAGUUGAUCGCAAAAAAAUGUCGGAACAUGGAGCAGCAAAUUCUCAGUCAAAAAACUCAAGACAAUGACGAUGAUGACACUUUGGAGGCUAAUCAUUCUUACACAGGAAGAAAUUGCUGCCAUUUACAAAGGGGAAGUGCAAGUGAAGAAAGGAAAAAAAAUUUGGUUAUGGUUCAAUUACGGUUGCUGACCAACAAGUUUCCAGAUGAAGUUCCACCUUCAAUGAGAGCAACGGUGAACACCGAUUGA